CCGGGACACCCCUCCCCGACAAUCACCGGCGCCAGGCCCGAACCAAGACCGAAACGAGAACAAGCGAUCCGCGACCAAGACAAUGGAACACAUUGUCUUCGCCCACGACCUCACCAAGGCCGAUCGUGUGGUCUUGCAGACGUUGGCGACCGAUUACAGCGACCACUUGAAGGCGAAGGAGAAGGGCAAUUCGGAUUCAGCAUAUGCGUCGGCGAGCGAUACGGAGACAACAGGGACAGAAGAGACAGAUACAAAUACGAACGGCGGUGUAAACAAGGAUGCUGGAGGUUACCAAAAAGCUUCAGCCACCCGCAACGAAGCAGCCGUCACCCAUCUCUCCGCCCUCAACGACCCCAAAUCUUCCUCCUUCGAACCCUCCAUAACCAACUUCUUUGACCUCGCCGACCUGCAAUCCUUCCAAUGGCUCCCUCCCUCCCUCCUCUCCGCCUACCAGCAAUGGGCCACCUCCCUCAUCCGCGUCCCAACCGACAUCCUAAUGAUCACCCACCUCCUCAUCUACUUUUCCACCACGGUGCCCUCCGCCUUUUACCUUCUCUUCGUCCGCUUCUCCUGGCCGCACGCCAUCCUCCACGCCAUCCUCAACGGCUGGUACGUGGGCACCUACACGCUGAUGAUGCACCAGCACAUCCACAUGCGUGGCAUCCUGACCAAGGACAAAUGGUGGACGAGGGUAUUCGACGCCGUGUUUCCCUACGUUUUGGACCCCCUGAUGGGCCACACCUGGAACUCGUACUACUACCAUCACGUCAAGCACCACCACGUUGAAGGCAACGGGCCGGAUGAUUUGUCUUCGACGAUCCGGUACCAGCGGGAUGAGUUCAGCGAGUUUGCCAAGUACGUCGGCCGAUUCUAUUUCCUGGUGUGGUUGGAUCUGCCGCUGUAUUUUGCGCGCAAGGGACGGUAUGUGCAGGCGGCCAAGGCGGCGUUUUGGGAGUAUUCUAGCUAUGCCAUGUACAUUGCCAUGUGGAACUUUGCGCCCGGGGGAGGGAAGGCGGUGUUUUGGACGAUGGUGUUGCCGUUGAUGGUGCUGAGGGUGGCGUUGAUGGUGGGUAAUUGGGGACAGCAUGCGUUUGUGGAUGAUGAGGAGCCGGAGAGCGAUUACAGGAGUUCGGUGACGUUGGUGGAUGUUGCUUCCAACCGCCACUGCUACAACGACGGCUACCAUACUUCCCACCACCUCAACCCCCUGCGCCACUGGCGCGAACACCCCGUGGCUUUCCUCAAGGGCAAGGAAACCUACGCGGCCAACAAUGCGCUGGUUUUCCAUAACAUCGAUUAUAUCAUGAUUACCGUCAGGUUGAUCAUGAAGGAUUACAUGACGCUGGCCAAGUGCAUGGUGCCCAUUGGCGAGUUCCAGAUGAACAUGACGCUCGAAGAGAGGGCGGCGUAUCUCCGGAGGCAUACGAGGAGGUUUACUGAGGAGGAGAUCAAGGUCAAGUUUGGAAAGAAGGCCAACUAAGGGGAUCUUGAGUGCGAAGAGAAAUGAGGUGAUGGAUCUAAUGGGAUGAUGAGUGGUUUGGGUUGAUUUGGGAUACAUGGUCCCAUUGAUGAUCAUGGUGCAGGUGCUGGAUAUUCAUCUGGAUCGUCCUUGAGCGGAACACUGUCUGAAAA